GAUCGAGAUAAUAAUUUGAAGCACUUUUAAAAUGGGUGUCAGUCACUCCAGGAAGAGUAUCGCGUUCGACCAAAAUGAGGAUGUCAGCUUUGACCAUUUUCAAAUAUUAAGAGCAAUUGGGAAAGGAAGCUUUGGAAAGGUCUGCAUUGUACAAAAGAAAGACACAAAGAAAAUGUAUGCUAUGAAAUACAUGAACAAGCAGAAAUGUGUGGAGCGCAACGAAGUAAGGAAUGUAUUUAAAGAGCUGCAGAUCAUGCAAAGCCUUGAGCAUCCCUUCCUGGUAAACGUAUGGUUCUCGUUCCAGGAUGAGGAGGACAUGUUCAUGGUGGUUGAUCUGCUGCUGGGGGGAGAUCUGCGGUACCACCUGCAGCAGAAUGUCCAGUUCACAGAGGCGACAGUGAGGCUGUACAUCUGUGAGCUUGCGCUGGCACUCGGCUAUCUACAGAGCAAGCGCAUCAUUCACAGGGAUAUUAAACCGGACAACAUUCUUCUUGAUGAGCAAGGCCAUGUACACAUUACAGACUUCAAUAUUGCUGCACAAGUGAAGGAAGAAAUGCGAGCUACUUCUGUUGCUGGUACCAAGCCAUAUAUGGCACCAGAAAUGUUCCAGCCAUUCGUUGGGGGUUGUGCCAGCUACUCCUUUGCAGUGGACUGGUGGUCUUUAGGAAUCACUGCCUAUGAGCUUCUGAAGGGACAGAGACCAUAUCACUUCCGAUCAAGCACAUCAAUCACUGACAUCAUUAAUUUGUUUUGCACUGUCAAUGUCAACUACCCCUCUACUUGGUCUGGUGGCAUGGUAUCUCUUCUAAGGAAGCUGCUUUCAGUAAAGGCUGAGAAUCGUCUCUCGUGCCUCUCGGACCUCCAGGGAUUGUGCUACUUGUCUGAUGUGAACUGGGAGGCAGUGCUGGCAAAAAAUCUACCUCCUGGAUUCACUCCCAAUAAAGGCCGGCUGAACUGCGACCCGACCUUUGAACUGGAGGAAAUGAUUCUGGAAUCCAAGCCUCUCCACAAGAAAAAGAAACGACUGGCUAAAAGAUUAAAAGAAAAUGGAACCGACAACUCCCCUCAGAUCGGGCAGUUGCAAAAGAGUCUGGAGUGUGUUCAAAGGGAAUUCACUGUCUUCAACCGAGAAAAGGUUAAUAAAAUGCAAGAAGAAACACAACAAAACAUGACCACUGAAAAAGACAAGAGUGAAGAAAUUGAAGAUGGACAAAAUAAUAAUAUAGCUCAGUGAUCAUGAACAUACCUGGGUAAUAUCAUUUAAGCACCCUUUAUUUCUGCAGCUUGUAAUAGUAAACGCCUCCAUGGGUAAAGGGACAUUCUUACCCCGUAUGAAAUGAAGGCAUUGAGCUGGCAUGUCUUUGUCUGUCAGUUAUGUGCAUUGUCAGUUGCCGAUAUCUUUAUAUGUGAAGUAACCAUGCUGGCAGGCAUGGACUGAAUGUUCCUUGUAUUCAUUGAAGAGCAAUAAUAGCUGUGAACCAGAUCAUAAAAAAUCCAUGUGUUUCAUGUUGUCUACAUCAAAUUUGAAAGCAAUAUUUGAUUUCUAGGGCCUGAUAUUACAUGAGAGUUUAAAAAAAUGUGAUUCUUGUUUAAUUACUGUUAGGAUUGCAGGUUUGUAUAUAGAUAUUUGUACCUCUGAAAUGCGGUUUUCAUUAUUAAUAACCAUGUUAAGCUGCUUUGUUUUGUAUUUAUUCAGCUGGGAAUUUGUAAUAAUACUGGAAACAGUCAAAUAAUAUAGCAGUCUAC